AUGGAGGAAGAAGAUAUUUUGGCAGAGAUGACCAGAGACGGUGUAACCCGCGUGCAACGUAUUACCAAGAACGAAGGUGGCCAGAGAGUGAAUACGCCGGCGCUAAUCCUCACCUUCUGCAAGACCACGUAUCCAGAUUUCCUCAAAGUCGGCCCACUGCAUGUUGCCAAGGGCCCAUACUUCCCGAAUCCGAUGUUGUGCUAUAGCUGCUUCAACUAUGGUCACAUUCAAGCUCGAUGUCCUGGACCACAACGAUGCCACAAUUGCUCCGGUGAGCCCCACGGCGAAGAAUGUGGAAACUAUGCUCAGGCUGCUUCUCGACAAAACGAAUUCGAGAAAAGGCUGAAAGAACUGGAACAUGCGAUGAAAUCGAAAGACAGCGGAAUUGCCAAGCUCCGCAACGGAAGCAAACAGAAGGACGAGAAGAUGAAAAUAAUGUCCAACAUCAUCGAACAACUGAAACAGCAAGCUACCAGACAGGGAAAAUCGCACAGAGAUCGAAGUGAUAGCCGUGAGAAACAAGUACCGACUCACUCGAUACCAGGCCCUGUAACACGAUCCCGAAACAACUCCCCAGCCGUACAAGAAGCAAAGCGGAGUCGUACACUGAAGUGCAACUAG